GGCGAGCCGGCCCAGGAAGACCCGUUCUGUCCCUCAGAGCCCGCUGGGCGCCUCUGCUCGCGAGCCUCGGCGGCCUCGCACCGGCGUCGCGGCGCUUUUGGAAGGUCCCGGACGUCCUGGCGGCGUGCAGCGCAGCGGGAAGGAUACUAACGAACAAUGUUGCCUUGAACUUGCUUCACCAAUGUCUUUCUUACUGAGCGUAUUAAGAAACAUGCUGGCAUAUUUUGGUGUUCCUGUAGACCAGGAUUUGUUGAUUUGGCAAAAUAAAGACUAUGGGUCAGCUCGGAGUAUCAUUCGUAUGAUUGGGAGAGUGCUUCCUUUAGAACCUUGUCGAAGACCUAAUUUUGAGUUGAUCCCUCACUUGAACUCUGAGGAGUCUGAUGGUUAUGAACCUGUUGUUCCAUCUUUUGCUGAUGUUUUGUGUGUGGCAAAUGAUGAAGAAGCCGGUUAUCUCAGAUUUCGACAUGGUCUACAGAAAAAGGAGGAGGAAGGGAAAAUUGCUCUUUUUCAUUCUUCAAAACUAAUUUGGGAUCCAUUGUCACCUGCUCUAAGACAGAACAAACCAGUGAAAAAUGAUCUGCCAGCAAGUGAGACUGCAAUUAAAAAAAUAGCUGCCCUUGAAGAUGAGCUCACUUUUCUUCGGGCUCAGAUUGCUGCAAUUGUGGCAAUGCAGGAGCGGAGAGAGAGCGAAGAGACUGGCUUCUGUGACCUGAGUGACGAACCCAGCAUGGAACAAACGCUGUCGCCAUCACUGACUGCUGGCCUGAGUGAGGAGCCAGAUCACACUCCAAGUUCAGUAUUUUCUUCUCCUCCUCCUCCACCACCUCUGCCUCAGUUUUCUCUCCCGCCAUGUUUUCCCCCUGUGCAACAUGGAUCUGCUAGCAGAGAUGACCCAACACCUGCUGUGGGAAAGCAGCACUCAGGUGUUCACAAGAUGAGCGGUAGCCAUUGCUCAGAAAGCCGUGGAGUUAGUGACGUUCCAAACAUGCUGGAUGUUCUAAAGGACAUGAAUAAGGUCAAACUCCGUCCCAUUGAAAGGUCACCAGGUGGUAGACCCAUUCAGAAGAAAAGACAGAGUUUACAAUGGGAUCCAGUGUCUUUAAUAUCCAAUGCACUUAAGAAGAAGUUUGCAUUUCAGGAUGAUUCCUUUGACAACGAAAAUAGAUCUUGGGAGUGUUCUCCAUUUUCUAGUCCAGAGACGUCGAGGUUUUGAUGUCACAUUUCUCCAACAGAAAAUCAGCGAUCUAAGGGAAGAACUGGUAAUAUAAAAGAAGUUAUUCAAGGUAUCAGAAGUGAAAGCUGGGCCUACACUCGGAGAGAUAGAUGCAGAAAUGCUCCGUGGUAUCUUCUGCUGCCUUUCAGAGAAUCACAACCUCUGAUAGGGUGACUAGACCGUGUCCUGAGACCCGUCUGUGCUCAGCCUGAGGAAGACGUUUACAGAUACUUGUCCCUGGUUCUGGAAGUUCUGGCAGUUAGCUGGCUGUGAAGAGAGUCAGGUCUGUGUGCGUGCUACUGAAAAUGGAAUGCAUGUGACAGUGAUUUCCCUAAACAAUUAUGGCUUCCUACUUAAGUGCCUUUGUAAGUCGCUAUUGAGGGGACAAGACUAAAGCCUUUUUAAACCCAGGCCCAGUCUUUGUGAGAGUCUAACCUAGCAGGCACCCUACCCCAAGUACCUGUAAAUUUAGAAAAAAAGCCACAACAGGCCCAAAAACUGCCUGGCUGCCCAGAGACUUGAGGACAGCCAAUCAAGAAGCUAGACAGACAAGUUGUUUUAAUUUUUUAUUUUAUUUUUUUUUACAGUUACUGGGUGGUUUUAUAAAGUUACAAAAAUCCCCUCUUGACUUAGAGCCAACUAUCCCCCUACCCAAUCCAGUAAUGCCAAGGCUUGCAGUUUUUCCCUUAAAAGAACCUUUGCACUGUGAGUGCGGGACCUUUCUUCCUCAUCCGCUGUGUGGGUGUGUGGGACAAAGCAGCCCCUCCUUGUAAGCCUGUCAAACAAUAAAAAAAAAAAAAAAAAAAAAAACUUGUGUAAUUGCAUCGGAAAGUGGGCACCUGGUGGUGUCGAUUCAGGAACAACAGUAUGAUGUGGUGUAUCUGACCUUCAGCAACUCGGAGAUUUUCUGUGAGCCAAAGAUAAUUCUUUUCCUUAAGAAAGUCAUAGUUUUAGUCAUGUAAGACUGAACUUUCUAAAACUGAGGUAAUAAAUUCUUUUGACUGUCAGGUGCUGCAAGUAGAAAUAGACUCUUGAAAAGUUUCAUCCACACUGGCUCUGUAUGUACAUAUGCCUGGCAUGUUCAUCCACACUGGCUCUGUAUGUACAUAAGUCUGGGAUGUUCAUCCACACUGGCUCUGUAUGUACAUAAGUCUGGGAUGUUCAUCCACACUGGCUCUGUAUGUACAUAAGUCUGGGAUGUUCAUCCACACUGGCUCUGUAUGUACAUAUGCCUGGCAUGUUCAUCCACACUGGCUCUGUGUGUACAUAUGCCUGGCAUGUUUCCUUUGUUCUCUAUCACAUUUGUACCCCCCCCUUUUUUUGUAAAUAGAUUGUAUAAUAAAUUUAUCUUUUGAAUUUG